UUUGCAGUUUUGUUGUACACAAGAGAUGUCAUGAAUAUGUAACCUUUAAAUGUCCUGGUGCUGAUAAAGGAGUUGAUUCUGAUGAUGCUAGAACUAAACAUCAGUUUGCUAUACAUACUUAUACAGGACCUACAUUCUGUGAUCAUUGUGGUUCUCUUCUUUACGGUAUUAUACAUCAAGGCUAUAAAUGCAAAAUAUGUGAUAUGAAUGUACAUAAGAGAUGUCAAGAAAGUGUUCCAAAUCUCUGCGGUUGUGAUCACACAGAAAGAAGAGGAAGAAUUGAGUUAAAAGUAUCAGCUACAAAUAAUAAGUUGGUAUGUGAAGUACGGCAAGCAAAGAAUCUUAUUCCAAUGGAUCCAAAUGGAUUAUCUGAUCCUUAUGUCAAAUUGAAAUUGAUCCCUGGUAAUGGAGAUUCAGCAAAAAAGAAAACAAAGACUAUCAAAGCUUGUCUAAAUCCACAAUGGAUGGAAACACUUAUUUUAGAUUUAAAGCCCGAAGAUAAAGAUCGAAGGCUUUUAAUUGAAGUUUGGGAUUGGGACAGAACCUCUAGAAAUGAUUUUAUGGGUUCUCUCUCAUUUGGAAUUUCUGAAAUUAUGAAAAAUCCUACUCAGGGGUGGUAUAAAUUAUUAACUGCUGAAGAAGGAGAAUUUUAUAAUGUGCCUGUUCCGUCUGAUGGUAGUGAUAUUGCAGAAUUUCAGAAGCAAAUGAAAUCCCGAUUAUCAGUUGAAUCUAAAAAAAUAGAAAGAGUUACAGCUACUACUGAUAUUCCUCAUAAUAUGAGUAAGCAAGAUAUUAUAAGAGCAUCUGAUUUUAAUUUUAUUAUGGUUCUUGGCAAAGGGAGUUUUGGUAAGGUAAUGUUAGCAGAAAGGAAAGGAACAGAUGAUUUGUAUGCAAUUAAAAUUCUAAAAAAAGAUGUUAUCAUUCAAGAUGAUGAUGUGGAAUGUGCCAUGGUAGAAAAGAGAGUUCUAGCAUUGGCCAACAAGCCUCCAUUUUUAGUUCAGCUUCAUUCCUGCUUUCAAACAAUGGAUCGUCUUUAUUUUGUAAUGGAAUAUGUUAAUGGAGGAGAUCUGAUGUUUCAAAUUCAACAAACAGGAAAAUUUAAAGAACCUGUUGCUGUAUUUUAUGCAGCUGAAAUUGCCAUAGGAUUAUUUUUUCUUCACAGUCGAGGUAUUAUAUACAGGGAUUUAAAAUUAGAUAAUGUUCUUUUGGAUCAAGAAGGGCAUAUAAAGAUUGCUGAUUUUGGUAUGUGUAAAGAAGGAAUAUCAAGUGAUCAAACAACAAAAACCUUCUGUGGCACUCCUGAUUACAUAGCUCCCGAGAUAAUUCUCUAUCAACCAUACGGAAAAUCUGUUGAUUGGUGGGCUUAUGGUGUCCUUUUAUAUGAGAUGCUUGUUGGACAGCCACCAUUUGAUGGAGAAGAUGAAGAAGAACUGUUUUCAGCCAUAACUGAUCACAAUGUCUCAUAUCCAAAGUCUCUUUCCAAAGAAGCUAAAGAGGCUUGUAAAGGAUUUUUAACAAAAAAUCCAGCCAAACGUCUGGGUUGCAGUUCUCAAGGAGAAGAAGAUGUAAGAAGUCAUCCAUUCUUUCGCCGUAUCAUUUGGGAAAAAAUAGAAAAUCGUGAGGUUCAGCCGCCAUUUAUUCCAAAAAUUAGACAUCGGAAAGAUGUUAGCAAUUUUGAUAAACAGUUUACAAGUGAGAAGACAGAUCUGACACCAACCGACAAAUUAUUCAUGAUGAACUUGGAUCAAACUGAAUUUAUGGGAUUUUCUUUCUUAAAUCCAGAGUUCAUCCAGCAUGUUUAAUUGCUGAUAAUUAUGCACGUGAUGCAUAUACAAACAAUCAUAUAUCACUUUUUCUCCUUGUAAUAUUUUACUAGUUUUUCAUACAUUUACAAUAUUAUUGUUAUUUAUCAAUUAUUUACAUAAUUAAAAUUCUUAGAAUUUAUUGUUGUCCAAAACAUGCCAAAUGGAACGAAAUUAUUUAAUUAUCUUUCUAGUCGAGUUAAUUAGGUUUAUGUGCAAGAUUGUUAUUGGAAAAUGUUAAAAUGUAGUCCAUUAUUAUAUACACCGAAUUAAAAACAUUGAAUCGAUAAGAAAUAAUGAACUAUAUUUUAUCCAAAAGAGGAAAAAAGGCUCUAAAACAAUCAAGGUAGUAUUUUUAUAACAUAAAAGAACCUUUUUUACUGUGUUUAUCCAUGUGAUAAUUAUGUAUUUUAAGCUUAUUUGCAUGGAGAAAUUUAUUAUAAAAAAAUCUCAAAUAAUAAAAUUGUGUUAACAAUCUUGGAAUAAUGUUUUUUAUAUAACUGUUAAUAUUUUUUUUAAUUAUUGUUAUUAAAUUUUUUAGUUUAAUUUAAUUUAUUUAAGUACAUAUUGUAGUAUCCUACACUGCCAAAAGACCCAUAGUUGUAACAUGUAUUCAUAUUGUAGUAAAUCAUUAAUAUAGAAAUUUUUUAUCAAUUUCAAUAAUUAUUCAGUAAUCAUAUUCAAUACUCAGUUGUAUUUUCUGAAAAAUAUUUUGUUUCUUAAUUUAGAUUCACUUCAAUAUUAUCCUUUAUCUGAGUAAUAAAGUAUCUUCUAUUGCUGAAUUUCUAAAUGUAUUAUCGAGUUAUUUGCUAGUUAAAUUAGAAUUACAGUAACAAUUAUUAUAAAACUAACCUUUCAUAUACUGUUAUAAUGUUAUGCCAAGAUGCAUCAUUGUAGUCCGUCAGAUUCUUUAAGGUUUCACUCCCUGUGCUAAUUUUGCUUGGAUUGUCCGUGAUGCUGUAAACACUACUCAGUAAUAUCUGUACCAAUAUACAUUACUUAUAGAUGUAAUUGUGUUGUUUAAGAAUUAUUUAUGGUGAUAAAAAUGUGUAUUAUCAUGUUUAGAGGAAAUUCAUACCUCAAACUACUAUUGAUGUACAGAAGUAGUCCCCCGUUUGAGUUAGGAGAGACUGAAAAUGUAUUAAAAAAAAUGUAAACUCAGGGAUGGAAGUUUGAAAAUGAAUAUUGGUAGAUGCUCAAUAAUUAUGUCUCAUUUAAUGCAAUCUCAACAAAAUAGUAAUUUAUACCUUUAGUUUUAAUGUUGUAUAUAGUAAAAAGAAGCAAAAAUUUUCUUUCUUUUUCUUUUUUUUUUUUGUCUUUUUAUAAUGAAAUUACGGUUGAUUCUCUGAAAUCCAGAUAUCUCUUAGAUACAUCCAGAAUUUAGAAUUAAAUUUGUAAGCAUUCUGAAUUUCACUUGUAGGCAUCAACAUCUAAUUAUUUUAAUAAUAGUAAUGUUUAAAUUAAUAAUUAUUUUUACUGUUUUUAUGAAUUUUAUACUUAAUAUAAGCAGUUUUAUAAUAUAAUUCUUAAAGGUGAUUUUCCUAUCAUAAUUAUUUUAUUACUAAACAUUCAUAUAGAAAUUGUUUAUGGGCUUCCAUUAUAUGUUAUUUUUUUAUAUGCAGCGUAAUUAAUCGUAAUCAAAUAUACUUUGGAAUUUAUAGAUAUCUGGAAUUUCGAAAAUUGACCCUACAAAAAGCAAUUUAUUUAAAAAAAAUAUAAAUAUAAGAAAACAAGAUAUAUAUACACAAUUUUAAGUUUUAAGAAAUGUUUUUUAUUUUA